GGGGUUCGUCCUGAUUGACCUGCUCAUGAGCCCUGCGAAACAUUCCCUGACCGGCAGCGCAUCGUCUUUCUCUCUUUGGACUGCUGUUGAUCUGAUCUGUGUCUGGUGUAUUGUCGAAUACGGAGUAUACCAAAGUACCUAGUUACUUAUUCGACACUGCCUGCCAACACACGCCGACACGUGGCCCUCCCUUUGCUGUCGACCCGCGGCCCUUUUCCACCUUUCUUCCUGCACCCGCGCUUGCCUUUUUGCCCUCCACAUUCGUGUCGGAUCCUCACCGACGACUCGACGAGCAAAUGCUCCGGGCCACCUGAAGCACACUCCCCAGGUCCACCACGAUCCCUGCAAUGAGGACAAGCCUCUUGUCAUGACUGCCGGUGAUGCACCCUCUCGCUCAACUGCCGACACUAUGGCCCUCGACGAUAAGAUAGAUCCAAAUUCUCCGACAACAGCCUCCACCACCGCCCCGACUUCCUCAAAGCCCAAGCCCGAAGACGAUGUCACGACUCGCAUCUUCCAGUUCCUCUCCACCGCCACGCCCGGCACCCUAGCCGGCAUUGCUGUCGGCUUGGCUGCCGUUACAUACUUCGUCCUCGGCCAGAUCGGCCUUCUCCUUAUCGGCGCGUUCGGAGGCGUGGCGCUGUACGUACACUGGGAAGCCUCGAAUCCCGAUUAUGCCAGGGCUGUGCGUGGCGAGACGGGCGUCGACAUCGUCGCAAGACUGCUGGGCGAGAAGAAUAGCCUGAGGGACGUUGACGCAGUUCGCAAGGACACCGAGGAAGAUGAGGCCAUAUUCCUGGCCCAGAGCUUUGCUGAUUUCCAGCCUGAGACCCAAGAUGCGCUCAACGGUCUCGUCGAUGCUGUCAUCAGGGACUAUGUGAAGUGGUGGUACGAUCCGAUCGUCCCGUCCGACAGGUCAUUCCCCCUUUCCUGUCGCAGGGUCUUGACCUCGUUCCUCGUCUCGGUCGGGAACUACCUCGGAAAGAAGAGACCAGCCGACAGCUUCCUCGACUUCCUGACCAACACCUCCUCCAUUGUCAUCGUCUUCUUCUCCGAGCUGUCGCAAGCCUUCGCCGACCUCCCCCCAGACUCCACCAUGACCGCUGCCGACGCCGUCUACAAUUACCUUGCCUCGAAUCCCGACUCCAACCUGUCGCACCUGCUGAGUCAACGGCACCAGGCUUCCAAGUUCAAGGCCGUGGCCGAAGACUUGCUCGGGUUUCUCGACAGACCCACGCACGACUGCGACCCCGCGAGGACGUUCCUGCGCGAGAUCCUCGCUGGCGUGAUUCUGGAAAUGUCGCUGCAGACAUGUUCCAAGGCCGAGUGGAUCAACGGCUGGAUCGUCUAUCUGCUCGAGGCCGGAGAGCCCGACUUUAACCAGGCCAUCGAUGUCGGCAUGCAGACAGGGCCCGAGGCAAACAGUGCCGUGUUCGCAGACAUGGACGGGAAUGUCGGAAAUGUCGGACUGACAAAAGGAAACCGCAACUCGCUCGACAUGGAGAAGGCUCGCCGCCGGGAGCCUGCCCACAAGAAGAAGCUGAGCAGGGCGGACGAAGAAAUGGAGGUGUUGGAGGAGAUGAAGCGGAUGAACAAGAUGCUCCUGGAUGAAGAUGCGCGCAGGUCUAAGGACUUUCGCGCGUUCCAGGAGGGUAAGGUGCCGGAGACUCCCACCAAAGAAGAGGUCCCUCAGAGGCUGGCGGAUGCCCUACAGCGAAACGCCAAUGAUCUUGAUAUCGAACCGAAGCCUGCGGCUGUAUCGCAAGCUGCACCAGACGCAGCGAAUACCCCAGCUCCCAGUGUCUCGGGAGUUCCGGCGCCCGAGAAGGCUGCUUCAACCUCGAGUGAAGAGCGCCCAGGCAAGGAGUUUCCGCCGACACCCCAGAGCGUUGACUCUGGCAACCAGAAAUCGACCGCCCAGCAUGGACACCAGCAGUCAUUCACCAGCUUUGAACAGAUCGUUCCCCCGGCCCAGGAUGACAGCGACCAGAGCGAUGCAGAAGCGAAACAACCUGCGCCACUCACCCUGCACAACGCCAAGAUUACGAUAUAUGAUGAUGGAACCGUCGACAAAAAUCGCAUCCGGACCAAGCCCACGUGGGAUUAUCUCAUUCAGAUCGAGCCGUCGUCUUCGCAAUACUCGGGGUGGAUGAUUGUGAGACAGUAUAUCGACUUUGAGAAGCUCCAUGAGGUUCUGCGCAGGAUAGCAACGAUUUCGGGCAUCACGGCGUUUACCGAACAGCACAAAGAGCUGCCACAAUUCAAGCUUCAUACUCGUGAGUCUCUGCGUGGUGAGCUGGAGCGUUACCUUCGCGACGCGUGCUGGUAUAAGGCACUUGCAGAGAGUGAAGGGAUGAAGAGGUUCUUGGACAAGGAUCAGGGUCACACCCGAACGGAGUCUAAGGGUGGAUUCCAAGCCGUUGAGAACUUUGGCAAAAAUGUCUUUGGAGCUUUGACCAGUGCGCCAAAGGGAGUCGCAGAGGGCGGUAAGGCGAUCGCUGGUGGUGUCACGGGCGUCUUUGGCAAUUUCGGAUUGUCGAGGAAGCCGACUACCCAGUCUCUGCCUGAUGCCGGAGCUACCGUCAGCGCAAACCGGCUGUCUGUGUCCACGCCACCCAGGGCAGACACCACUCUUACGGUCAACACGAUGAAUGGUGCUCGGAAGUCCAGGGACAGUUUGGACAGUCAGCGGUCCUCGAUUGUAUCAACACAACCCGGCAAGAUGCCUCCCAUGGAACGUCGCCCUAGCUAUCAGUCACAGGGCGAACCAGAUGGCGACGCAUCGCAGGCUGCACGACUAGACCGCUGGGACAGGAUUUCACCAAGCGCGAUGAGCAGCAAGGCUAAUAGCCGAGCGUCCAGCAUCGCACCUCUUCGAUCACCUCUCAAAUCCCCGUCAACAUUGAGCCUGGACGCACUCCGGCUUCCUCCACCCCCGGACGCGAUGCCCGAUGACUGGGGCUCCCCCGUCAGCACCCGAAUGUCUCGGUCGCAGGAGAACAUCUUGGAUUUGAGCACGCAGGCCAAGAGGACACCCAACGGAGCACUCCGGCAACCCAGACCAACACGCACGCACACCAAGAUCUCGGAACAGGAGACAAGGGUGGCCGUAGAGCUGGUGUUUGCCAUCAUCAACGAGCUCUACUCGCUGUCGUCGGCCUGGAACUUCCGCCGCACGCUGCUCGCCGCGGCCAAGUCCUUCCUGCUCCGGCCAGGCAACCCCUCGCUGGUCUCCAUCCAGAAGAUGAUCCAGGACUCGGUCAUCGAGGCCAACUCGUCCGACGAGGGCAUCGCCGCGCACCUCAGGAAGCUGCGGGAGAACACGCUGCCCACGGAGGAGGAGCUCAAGGCCUGGCCGCCAGAGUCCAGCCAGGAGGAGAAGGAGAAGCUGCGGGAGAAGGCCCGCCGCCUCCUCAUCCAGAGCGGGGUGCCCGCCGCGCUGUCGGGCGUCAUGGGGCAGAACGCCACCAACGAGGCGCUGGGGCGUAUCUUUGACUGCCUGCAGAUCGAGGAGGUGGCGAGGGGCCUCAUGUUUGGCAUCAUGCUCCAGGCCAUGCGGGUCAUCACGCAUUGAUUCGACCGCUGAAUAGAGGCGCGGGAGGUCGCUGGUCCCUACCUAUUUACCUACAACCUACCUACUAAGGAGAGAAAGAAGGCAUGUACGAUGAGAUAAACGACGACAUCAAAGCCCUCCUGGAGCGGGUUAUCAUGAAACGAGAGACAAGAAAUGGCAUGCGGCCGGCCAGCCAGCCAGUCCGCCCACGCGACGCGAGGGCGCGGACCGGAGCUCAGUAGACAGACGGGCGGACUUAUUGGCGACAAGACCGGGAGCGAGGGGCCGAGUUGUAGGCCAUGUAUUAUGACGAUGGAUGCUGGGUAGGAAUCCAUUUAAAGGAGUUGAACAUGUUAAUUAUUAUGCAUCCACAUGCGGGGGUGUUGUUGGUGGGGCUGGCUGGCUGAUCUGGCAUCGCGCAUCGGCCGACUAUGGCUGAGUUGGGUUGGGGCAGGGAGGGCCCAAGUCGGCGGGGUAGCAGUUUUGAGAUGGAUGGAUGGGUUAAGGCGAGGAGGUAGUUAUAGUGUAUAUCUAUUGUACUUGCAUAAUAGAGUGUUGAGCAAGAA